AGUCUUCCCCUAAGCCCAACCACCUCCUUUCAAAUAAAGAAAAGAAAUAAACAAGUCCCCAAAAGAUGGCAUCUAAGCUAGCAGCGGCCAUGGUGCCUCCUUUCAUCGUCCUCUUAUCACUCCUCUCGUUGUCCACGGCCCACAACAUCACUGAGAUCCUCGCCCCUUUCUCCGAGUACUCGACCUUCAACAACCUCCUCUCGCAAACAAAGCUCGCAGAUGAGAUCAAUCAACGCCAAACCAUCACAGUUCUCGUGCUUGACAACGCCGCGAUCAGCCCCCUCUCCUCCCUCCCACAUGAUGCCCUCAAGAAUGCCCUGGCCGUCCAUGUCCUCCUUGACUACUAUGACCCUGUCAUACUCGACAAGCUUGGCAACAAGAGUGCCCUCCUCACUACCCUCUUUCAGGGGACCGGCGCUGCCGCCGGUCGCACGGGCUUCCUAAAUUACACCGAGCUGCCUGACGACCAAAUGGUUUUCGGCUCUUCUGUACCUGGCGCCCCUAUCACGUCCACCCUGAUCAAGGUUGUCGCUGCUAGGCCCUACAAUAUCUCCGUCCUACAGAUUAGCAGUGCCAUCAUUCCUCCUGGCUUGGAAGGCGGCGAGACGACGACCACACCACCUCCCACAAAAGCUACUUCGCCACCUCCUACUUCUGUCGCUGCUCCCAAGAAAGCCCUGGCUCCAACACCAGCAACCCAACCGAUCAAGCUAGCUUCCCCGCCACCGAAACCGAACCCAACAAAUGACUCGACAACAGCGCCUACACAUGCCGAUGCGCCGAAAGCUAGCCCACCUACGACGGCCGCGACCCCACCAACAAAAUCUGUGACGCCACCACCAACGAAAGCUGCAAGCCCACCAACGAAUGCUGCAGCUAGCCCACCAGCGAAGGCAGCAGACAGCUCACCAGGCAAAGCUGCAGCUAGCCCACCAGAGAAGGCAGCUAGCUCACCAGACAAAGCUGCAGCUAGCCCACCAAGUGCAGAGGUGAGUGCACCAUCGCCAACUACGAAGGCAAGCACACCAUCACCGACAGCGGCUUCGCCAAAUAUUGAUGCUCCUUUGGCAUCACCUCCCUCACCAACUAUCAUGACGAGCGAUCCGAUUGCGGCAAGCCCUAAUGAAGGGUCUCCAACUACGAUGCCGACCGGGCAACAUUCGUCGGCUAACACUCUACUCGUAGGUUUACGCCUUGGGUUUGCCAUGAUUGUUCUCUUGUUGGGUGCUCUGUAGGUUCGUUUCAUUUGCAAUUUUUUGGAGGAUAAGAGUUGUUGUGGAAUUCGAAUUAAGGUCCAGGAGUUGGGCUUGAAUAUUAAUAAAAAAAAAUUAUGAUUUGACAUUCGUCAUCA